UGAGCAGAGAUGUCUGGUCGAGGAAAAGGUGGCAAGGGCCUUGGAAAGGGGGGAGCCAAGCGUCACCGCAAAGUGCUUCGCGAUAACAUCCAGGGCAUCACCAAGCCUGCUAUCCGCCGCUUGGCUCGCCGCGGAGGCGUGAAGCGUAUUUCUGGCUUGAUCUACGAAGAGACCCGAGGCGUCCUGAAAGUCUUUCUGGAGAACGUGAUUCGCGAUGCUGUGACCUACACCGAGCACGCCAAGAGGAAGACCGUGACUGCCAUGGACGUCGUCUACGCUCUGAAGCGCCAGGGCCGUACUCUCUACGGUUUUGGUGGCUCCGCCAGCCUAGCCGCUUCCUUCAUUGUUCCGAACUGCUGCAGAGAGUUCAACUUUGUUGCUGACUUCUUUGGAGAGAUGGCCAGGACCAAGCAGACCGCCCGCAAGUCCACCGGUGGGAAGGCGCCUCGCAAGCAGCUGGCGACCAAAGCCGCCCGGAAGAGCGCCCCGGCCACCGGCGGAGUGAAGAAGCCUCACCGCUACCGCCCUGGGACUGUCGCUUUGCGGGAGAUUCGUCGGUACCAGAAGUCCACCGAGCUGCUGAUUCGCAAGCUGCCCUUCCAGCGUCUGGUGCGGGAGAUCGCACAGGAUUUCAAGACUGACCUGCGCUUCCAGAGCUCUGCGGUGAUGGCUCUGCAGGAGGCGAGCGAGGCUUACCUGGUAGGUCUGUUCGAAGACACGAACCUGUGCGCCAUCCACGCCAAGCGCGUCACCAUCAUGCCCAAAGACAUCCAGCUUGCCAGGCGCAUCCGCGGGGAAAGGGCUUAAAAAACUUCCAACUCACCUCGGCAAACUCGUAACA